AGUCUGUUUCUCUGGAUUUCUCUAUAUAGAUAGAAAUACAUGCAGUUUCACGCCAUUUCAUAGAAUUUUUAUACAUACUCUGCCAAUUAAAUACACAAAGAGAGACAGAGAGAAACAUAGAGAGAAAAGUGUGGGUGAGUUGGGGUUGAACAAACAAAAAAGAAAGAAAAUUGGAAGGGUUAGAACAUGUUGGCUGGGUGUUCUUCUACAUUGUUGUCGCCUAGGCAUAGAUUGAGGAGUGAACCAUCUGCACAGUUUCAAGCUUGCCAUUUCCCUUCAAUGAGCACACAAAGACUGGACUUACCAUGUAGUUACCCUCGGAAAGACACUUCACGAUCGCAACCAAUAAGGCCAGUGGGCCUUUCAGUAGAGAAGCCUAUUGAAGCAAAGACCAGUAGCUGUUCUAUUAAGCAGAACAUUCAUCUCCCACCUUUGGCAACCACUUGUCAGACUGUAUUUGUUGAAGGUAGGAGAGAGAACAAAGAUGAAUUUUGGGAGAGACGUAAGGGUUUGAAGAGGUUUGCUGAGCAGGGCUCUUUUGAUGACGAGUCUUGCAUGAGCAGAGCUAAGAGGAAAAGGGGAAAUGGGAAAUCAGAUGAUUCAUCAGAAGGAAAACUAGGUGGCGAUAGCUUGAGUUUAGGCCAACUGGGAAGUGGGAGUUUUUGGUUUCAACAAAGCUACGAAGUGCCUCGAUCUGUUCCACUCAUCAUAGGCCAUAAUCCACCUCAAGUUCCUUUCUCUAUAUCGUGUUCAGGAGAGGAGGAGAGAGUGUGUUUUGUGCCCAGCGACGUGAUUUCACCACCUUUGCCUUUGUCAAACAAUCCUUGGGUGGAAUCUGUUGUGACUGAGAUCACAGACUUCGGUGAUAAGAAUGUUGAGACAAGCCAGGGACUUGUAAAGGAGGCAUCAGGGUCGAGUACUUCUUCAGAGAGCCAUAGCUUGGCUCUUAGGCUAAAUGAGAAGGCCUCAGAACAUGAGAGAGGUAAUGGGUCUAGGCCACCAAACCCAAAUGAAAGUUCUCAGGUUGUAGCAGGUGGCAAUGACAACCAUGGGGAGCAUGAUGCAUUCGAGCUCAUAAGUUACCUCGUGGCUUGUGUGGAAGCAAUUUGUUCAAAGAAUAUUACAGGCAUUAACCAUUUUAUUGCUAGAUUGGGAGAGCUUGCCUCUCCAAGAGGAUCUCCUAUCAGCCGCCUCACUGCAUACUUCACUGAGGCUUUAGUUUUGCGAGUAGCAAAGCUCUGGCCGCUUAUCUUCCAGAUUGCUACGCCUCGGGAGCUUGAUCGGGUUGAUGAUGAUGGCAGCACUGCAUUAAGGCUUUUGAACCAGGUGAGCCCAAUUCCAAAGUUCAUUCAUUUCACAUCAAAUGAGAUUCUGUUGAGAGCUUUUGAAGGAAAGGACAGGGUUCACAUCAUAGACUUCGAUAUUAAGCAAGGGCUUCAAUGGCCUAGUUUGUUUCAGAGUUUGGCGUCUAGGAUUAAUCCUCCAAGCCAUGUUAGAAUCACUGGUAUAGGUGAAUCCAAGCAAGAGUUGAUUGAGACAGGAGAUAGGCUUGCUGGAUUUGCUGGGGCAUUGAACCUUCCUUUCGAAUUUCAUCCAGUUGUUGACAGAUUAGAAGAUGUGAGACUAUGGAUGCUUCAUGUUAAGGAGACAGAAACUGUGGCUGUGAAUUGUAUAUUCCAGCUGCACAAGAUGCUUUAUGAUGGUACCAGAGGAGCACUUAGGGAUUUUUUGGGUUUAAUUCAAAGCACAAACCCCACAGUUGUUAUCAUGGCUGAGCAAGAAGCUGAGCAUGAUGACCCUAGCUUGGAAACAAGGCUUUCUAAUUCAUUGAAGUACUAUUCUGCCAUCUUUGACUCUGUUAAUUAUAGCCUUCCAUUAGAUAGCCCGGUCAGGAUCAAAAUAGAGGAGAUGUUUGCGCGUGAAAUUAGGAAUAUCAUUGCCUGUGAAGGGCGUGACAGGUUUGAAAGACACCAAAGUUAUGGAAAGUGGAGGCAGUUGAUGGAGCAAGGAGGGUUCCGAUGCAUGGGAUGCAGCGACAGGGAAUUGCUUCAGAGCCAAAUGCUGUUGAAGAUGUAUUCUUAUGCAAAUUAUCAGGUGGAGAAGCAAGGGCAGGAUGGAGCUGCGCUUAGUCUGAUUUGGUUAGAUCAGCCUCUUUACACAGUUUCGGCUUGGGCACCUGUUGAUGUUGCAGGCAGCUCAUCAUCUUAUCCUCAGCCAAGUUGAUAGUUCACGGGUUUCUUCUUUAUACAUUCAUUAUAUUCGUUCCAUUCUCAUAUACAGAAAGGGUAGCAAAUUCAUUGUAGGCAAGCAAUCUGUCAUCAUUCUUUCAUUCUUUCGUUGCAGAUAGAUUUGUUGUCUGGAAGGGCAAGAAUCAUUUUUAUAAUACAACAACUUCGUGCAGGUUUCAGUUCUUCUCAGGCCAGAUUUCUGUAUUUCAGUUCUAGCUUUUGGAGUCACAUUUGUCUUUAUUCUUUGAUUCUUUUGUAUGCUGAAAUUCUUUCUUAGUUGUGUCAUUUGGGCAAUGUAUUCUUUUGUUGAAGGAUUGAAGUUAUUUUGUAAAAUUUAGUGGAAGGUUCAUUGUUACCAAUAAAAUGAUUUCAUCUGUAUUCAG